AUGAAACUUAGUGGAAUUAUCUGCACCCCAGAGCACCAUGGAGCAAUUUUCAACAUGGGAAAAAAAAUGUUUUGUGUGUCUGGUGAUAGAAAAUCGUAUCGCAUGUAGAGACAUGACCCAAAACAUAUAGCUAAUGGGGUAGUGCCCCCCUGGAGCCAAACAUCUGACUGUAAUCUGAACCGACAUGCUGGAGCACUGAGUAAAAGAAGCAUGAACACAGUAGUGACAGGAGGUGGAGGAUACUUUGGAUAUAAUUUGGGGUGUGCUCUUGCCAAAUCAGGAGCCUCGGUUGUUCUGUUAGAUAUACAAGAGCCCAUUUGGGAAAUUCCUAAUGGAGUAGUGUUUAUCCAGGCUGAUGUGAGGGAUUAUGAUGCCCUAUUUGCAAUUUGUGAAGGGGCUGACUGUGUGUUUCAUGCAGCUGCAUAUGGAAUGUCAGGACUAGAGCAACUACAAAAAGAAAAGAUUGAAUCUAUAAAUGUUGGUGGGACAAAACUCAUAAUUGAAGUCUGCAAACAACAGAACAUCCCCAGAUUGAUAUAUACUAGUACAGUGAACGUGGUCUUUGGAGGGAAUCCCAUUGAAGAUGGCGAUGAGGAAACUGUGCCAUAUUUUCCACUAGAAAAGCAUAUUGACCAUUAUUCCAAGACCAAAUCAAUUGCUGACCAAAUGGUACUAGCAGCUAAUGGAACUCCAGUAGCAGGAGGUGAUAAGCUCCGUACAUGUGUUCUUCGCCCACCAGGCAUCUACGGACCAGGAGAGCAAAGACAUCUGCCACGAGUAGCAGUUAAUAUUCAGAAGGGGCUGUUUCGCUUCACGUUUGGGGACCCUUCUGCCAAAAUGAACUGGGUUCACGUACAGAAUCUUGUACAAGCUCAUAUCCUGGCUGCUGUGGCUCUUACCUCUGAGAGGAACUAUAUAGCUAGUGGUCAGGCAUACUACAUAAAUGAUGGCAAGAAUGUCAACCUUUUUGAAUGGAUAACUCCACUAUUUGAAAAAUUAGGUUGCAGUCCACCAUGGAUACGUAUUCCUACUUGCUUUGUUUACGUAGCAGCCACAACAAUGGAAUAUCUGCACUUGGCGUUGAAACCAGUUAUUGAAUUUACACCUUUGCUGACCAGAAAUGAGGUGCGGAACAUUGCUGUGACUCACACAUUCCGAAUAGACAAGGCACGCAACCAGCUAGGUUAUUAUCCAAAGAAGUUCAUAUUUGCCGAUUCUGUGGACCAUUUUAUUAAAACAAGACCAGAAAACCAGAAUCAUCACAUCUUCCUUAAAGUCAUACUUUCCUUAAUUGGCAGCUUUCUAAGUUUGAUGUUUCUUUCUUUUACAUUGCAAGACCUUUCAAUUAUGCAUUUUUUCAAAGAAAACCAACAUUAA